AGCGACAAGACGGGUAGCUUACUACGCAAGGCAGGACUGCAAGCAGCAGGAGAUGGUGCAGCGAGAGCGUGGCACGUGCCUCAGAACCCUCUUGAUUUUUUGUUUUAUUUUUUGUUUUUGCCUCCUCUGCGUGCCGUCAUUUCCUCCGCCCUUCUCGCAACAUUGCCCAACUGCAGUGACGCUAUGGCGCCCAAGAAGCAGCCGGCGCGUCAGCGGCAGCCGGCGAAGAAGAAGCAUCCGGAGGAAGGAGAAGACAGGACGGGAGACGUUGAAGAGUGGGCUCUUGGCAACAGCAGCGGCAGCGGCAGCGGCGUGAAGCUCGACGAAGACUCGCAACGGCAAGAUCCAGAUUACGAUGAGGUGCCGCUAUCCCGUUAUUUCGAAGCAAAAGACGCUGUUGCUCGCGAGCAGAAGCCCAAUCAGGAUGUCAGACUGCCCGAGGCCCAGUGGUCAUCGAAGAUGUCGGAUUUGGCGAGCGCGAUGGCGCGGAGCGGGCAAGGCGACGACAUUGCCGCAAUAAAGGCCAAGGCACUGUCUGGGAAGGGCCUGACGGACCCCAUCAAGAGGGUAGAGGACAAGUGGGAGCUUCUUCCCGCCUUCCUCCAGGUCAAAGGUCUCGUCAAGCAGCACAUUGACUCGUUCAACUUCUUCAUCGACAAGGACCUCAAAAACAUCGUCAAGGCCAAUGACCGUGUCACUUCCGACAUCGAUCCAAAGUUCUUUCUGAGGUACACCGACAUUGAGGUGGGCAUGCCCGAGCGCAGCGAUGCCGAUGCGACAAACAAAGAAGUGUUUCCUCACGAGUGCCGGCUGCGCGACAUGACAUACAGCGCCCCAAUCUUGGUCAAAAUCGAAUACUACCGGGGUGGCAAGACGGUUCGUCGGCGCAAUGUCUGCAUUGGCAAGCUGCCCAUUAUGCUUCGCAGCAACCGAUGCUGGCUCAAGGACCGAAGCGAACGCGAGCUCGCUGGUAUGAACGAGUGUCCUCUGGAUCCCGGCGGUUACUUUGUCGUAAAGGGAACGGAAAAGGUUAUUCUUGUGCAGGAGCAGCUCAGCAAAAACCGUAUCAUCCUUGAGGCGGACUCCAAAAAGGGCACCGUCAAUGCCAGCGUCACGAGCUCCACACACGAGCGCAAGUCAAAGUCUUAUGUCCUGACAAAGCACGGCAAGAUCUACCUCAAGCACAACUCCAUCAGAGACGAUAUUCCCAUCGCAAUUGUUUUCAAAGCUCUGGGCAUCCAGUCGGAUCGUGAGAUUCUGCAAUUGUGCGCGGGAAACGACGAUGCAUACAAGGAGACAUUUUCAAUCAAUCUCGAGGAAGCCGCUCGGGCGAAGAUUUACACGAGCAGACAGGCACAGAACUACAUUGGUGCAAGAGUCAAGCUCAAUCGGAAGCCGACGAUGAUGCGCAGGCCCAUUUACGAGGACGCCAUCGAUGUCCUCGCAAACGUCGUCAUGGCCCACGUUCCUGUCGAGCGGCUCAAUUUUAGGCCCAAAGCCAUCUAUAUUGCCACCAUGGUCCGACGGGUCAUCAUGUGCAUGCACAAUGACAAGCUCGUUGACGACCGCGACUACGUCGGUAACAAGCGUCUGGAGCUAGCCGGUCAGCUCCUCGCCUUGCUGUUUGAGGAUCUCUUUAAGAAAUUCAACCACGACCUGAAACUCAACAUUGACAAGAUCCUCAAAAAACCGAAUCGGACCCAGGAGUUUGACGCAUACACGCAACUGAGCUUCCACAACGAGUCGAUCACAAACGGCUUCGUCCGCGCCAUCUCGACGGGAAACUGGAGCUUGAAGCGUUUCAAGAUGGAGCGUGCCGGCAUCACCCAUGUCCUCAGUCGACUGAGCUUCAUUUCAGCCCUUGGAAUGAUGACGAGGAUAAGCUCUCAAUUUGAGAAGACGAGAAAGGUAUCAGGUCCGAGGGCACUACAACCGAGUCAAUGGGGAAUGCUGUGCCCUUCGGACACUCCCGAAGGAGAGGCAUGCGGUCUAGUCAAGAAUCUGGCUCUCAUGACACACAUUACCACUGACGUCGACGAGGAACCAAUCUACAAAGUGGCGUUUAUGUUGGGCGUGGAAGACAUCAACCUCAUCACGGGUGCCGAGCUUUACCGCCAUGAUUCCUUUGUCGUCUACAUCAACGGCUGCGUUCUUGGGUUGACCCGAUUCCCCGUUCGUUUUGUACAGAGCUUCCGCAAGCUGAGGCGAGCCGGCAGGAUCUCCGAAUUUGUCAGCAUCUACACCAACAGCCACCAUCGUGCUGUUCACAUUGCUUCGGACGGCGGCCGCAUCUGUCGUCCGAUGAUCAUCGUCGAGGCCGGGCGGCCCAGGGUCACAACGGAGCACAUCAAAGACCUGAAAAGAAAGGAGAAGACCUUUGACGACUUUCUGAGCGAAGGACUCAUUGAGUAUCUCGAUGUCAACGAGGAGAACGACUCUUUUAUUGCUCUUUACGAAGACAACAUUACCGACCAGACGACACACCUCGAAAUUGAGCCCUUUACGCUCUUGGGUGCCGUGGCCGGUCUGAUCCCGUAUCCUCACCACAACCAGUCACCAAGAAACACGUACCAAAGUGCCAUGGGCAAACAGGCGAUCGGAGCCAUCGCAUAUAAUCAGCUCAACCGCAUCGACACGCUUCUCUACCUCCUCGUCUACCCGCAACAGCCCAUGGUCAAGACCAAGACGAUUGAGCUCAUAGGCUACGACAAGCUACCGGCCGGCCAAAAUGCCAUGGUCGCCGUAAUGUCAUUCUCGGGCUACGACAUUGAAGACGCACUCGUGCUCAACAAAGGCUCUAUCGAGAGGGGCUUUGGACGUUGCCAAGUGCUUCGCAAGCAAACAACGCAGAUCAAACGCUACCCGAAUGGCACCUUUGAUCGUUUCGCCGAUGCCGCCGUGGACGCUGAUGGCAACAAGGCGGCGCGAUAUCAGACGCUCCAAGCCGACGGCAUUGCUGGUGUGGGCGAGAGGCUAGAGGAGGCCGACAUUUAUGUCAAUAAGCAAGUGCCAGCCAACGCAAACGACAACAGCGCGGCGGCCAUUGCCAACAGCGCCACAGCGACAACGGCAGAGUACAAGCACCAGCCGAUGGUGUACAAGAAUAAGGUGCCGGCGUAUGUCGAUCAGGUCCUCAUCACCGAAUCAGAGAUGGACCAGACACUGGUCAAAGUGCUGCUUCGCCAGACGCGCAUACCUGAGCUCGGUGACAAAUUCUCGUCUCGCCACGGGCAGAAGGGUGUCUGCGGACUCAUUUCGCCGCAGGCAGACAUGCCCUUUACCGACCAGGGCAUCAACCCAGAUGUCAUCAUGAAUCCCCACGGGUUUCCUAGUCGCAUGACGGUAGGAAAGAUGAUCGAGUUACUGUCCGGCAAAGCCGGCGUUAUAACCGGCAAGCUCCAAUACGGCACGGCGUUCGGAGGAUCCAAGGUCGAAGACAUGUCGCGAAUCCUAGUCGAGAACGGCUAUAGCUACGCGGGCAAGGACUUUCUCACCAGCGGUAUCACUGGCGAACCGAUGGAGGCAUACGUCUACUUUGGGCCCAUCUACUAUCAGAAGCUCAAGCACAUGGUCAUGGACAAAAUGCACGCCCGUGCCAGAGGCCCGCGAGCCAUUCUGACUCGACAGCCCACCGAAGGACGUUCGCGUGACGGUGGCUUGCGGCUGGGUGAGAUGGAGCGAGACUGUCUCAUUGGCUAUGGCGCCACACAGCUGUUGCUGGAACGUCUGAUGAUCAGCUCAGACGCUUUUGUCGUCAAUGCCUGCCAGCGAUGCGGUCUGCUGGGUUACAAUGGCUAUUGCGUUUACUGCAAGUCAUCCAAAGAUGUCGUCAAAUUGACGAUUCCCUAUGCAACCAAGCUCCUUUUCCAGGAGCUCAUGGCCAUGCAGGUCGUCCCUCGCCUCGUCCUCGAGGAUGCGGUCUAGACGUUCGCUGUCUAAUUUACUUUGCACUUUCGCUCGUCCUUCUUAAUCUUUUCCCUCAUCGUCAUUAUCAUCCUUACCAAUUGUACUG